UUCAAAAGGUAAAAAUGCAAUUUAAUAGAAACACUGUUAGACGUAGAGAUAAUAACGUAAGAAAAGCUCUGAUGUCAUCAGCUCAGAAAAAAUAAUAACUUUCUCAUAAUCUUUCAGGGAACAGAUCAAAAAGUCUAAUGAGCGCAGGCUCAUGAAAGAAAUCAGAGAAAGAGAGAAGAGAUUUAGAGAGCAAAGAGAAAAAGAGAGUCAGCCAAGAGGCCCUUUGUUCAAACUCAAAAAGUUUCAAGUGAAAGAGUCUGUACUCAAGCCAGCCAUUAGGAAUAGUGAACUCGAUGAUAUAAACUGAUGAUAUACCUUAGCUGGGCAUUACGUAAGCGCAGCUGAAGCAGAGCGAGCUGCGUUAGAGAAGAUGGGGCCCAAUAACCAACCUAAAAAUUCAAUACUCUCGCUUGCUGCCAGAAGUGUCAUUUCUAAAAGAGAUAGAGAAAUGAUGCAAGAAGAGAAUAAGCUGCUUGAGAAAUACUACAAAGAAUACUACAAGGGAAAGAACAGCAGCCGAAGCAGAGGUGGUUCCACCAAUAGUAAAGCAUCCAAAGAGAACUCUACAGGACCAGAUGUUCACCAAGGGAUGAACUCUAUAAGGAAAUACUCGGGUCAAAAGCCAGUUAGCUCAGAGCCUCAAGAGUACAGGCAGAGUUACGCUCAUUCGGCAGAUAAAGUCCCCCAGGAAUCCAAAGAAAUGAGUGAAGAAGAGGUUAGAGAGGCCAUAGCAAAGCUUGAGAGAAAAUAAAAGGGAAGUUAAUACCCUGAUUUCUCGACUCCCUCUAGGAAAUCGGUAUAAAGCUAUUGAGGACAGGGAAAAAGCAUUAUAUCAAAAGAUUGACGAUAUCAACUUAACAAUCCGUCAGCUGUGGAGCCAUAAGGUAUACCUAAAGGUUUAG